ACUCUCUUUCCGUUCGGCGAGAGCCGUCACCAUGGGCCGCCGACCCGCGCGAUGCUAUCGAUAUUGCAAGAACAAGCCUUACCCCAAGUCCCGCUUCUGCAGAGGUGUUCCUGAUCCUAAGAUCAGAAUCUUUGACCUGGGCAGGAAGAAGGCUAAGGUUGAUGAAUUCCCACUCUGUGGGCACAUGGUAUCAGAUGAAUAUGAACAGUUGUCAUCAGAAGCUCUAGAGGCUGCCCGCAUCUGUGCCAACAAAUACAUGGUGAAGAGUUGUGGCAAGGAUGGCUUUCACAUCCGUGUGCGCCUUCACCCUUUCCAUGUCAUCCGUAUCAACAAGAUGUUAUCAUGCGCUGGAGCUGACAGGCUCCAGACUGGAAUGCGUGGAGCCUUUGGCAAGCCUCAGGGCACUGUGGCCCGCGUGCACAUUGGCCAGGUCAUCAUGUCCAUUCGCACCAAGGUGCAGAACAAGGAGCAUGUGAUUGAAGCGCUACGCAGGGCCAAGUUCAAGUUUCCUGGCCGGCAGAAGAUCCACAUUUCCAAGAAAUGGGGCUUCACUAAAUUCAAUGCUGAUGCAUUUGAGGAAAUGGUGGCUGAGAAGCGCCUUAUCCCUGAUGGCUGUGGAGUUAAGUACAUCCCCAACAGGGGCCCUUUGGACAAGUGGCGUGUGCUUCAUGCAGCAUGAGUGCCUGAUGCAUUCCUAGGCUGUGUUACUCAGUUCUUUACUUGAGCAAACUUUCAUGAGAAUAAACAGUUCUAUCUA